CCACUUCCAGUGUCGGCGGCGUUGGCUUCUACCGACAGAAUCCAACAUGGAGUAACCAGAGAUGGGGCUCGUACGGGGCCAUCCUCACCGACAUCAACGCACGAUUUCAAUUACCGCAUUUCAGCGUGGGGCGCGACGGGAUUAAAUCGGUGGAGGUAUUCCAAAGGGAUUUACACUCUCGUGGAUGCACUCGAAUAAUUGUAGUGAAGCGCUGAGAGACGAAGAAGAGAAGCAAGAAAUAACGCAAACAGAAAAAAAACACUCGGAAAACUAGGCUGCUACUGUUACGGGUGUGUGAUCGAGGUGUUGGACGAGAAGGGCAAGACAAAAUGAAGACACCACACAAUGUACCCUCGGGUGGGAUAUUAUUGUAGGUGAAACGAAAAAAAAUGACCGAGGAAACACACCCAGACGAUGACAGCUACAUUGUGCGUGUCAAAGCGGUGGUCAUGACCCGGGACGACUCGAGUGGCGGUUGGCUGGCCCAGGACGGUGGGUGCCUCAGCCGUGUGGGCGUGUGCAAGGUGCUGUCGGCCGAGCUGCUGGGCCGAAGCAGCUUCCUCAUCCACGGCGAGCGCCUCAAAGACAAACAGGUGAUUCUGGAAUGCUUCCUGAAGAAGGAUCUGGUGUACACCAAGGCCACGCCCACAUUUCACCACUGGAAAGUGGACAACAAGAAGUGUGGCUUGACGUUCCAGAGCCCGGCCGACGCACGUGCCUUCGAUCGUGGGGUCAGGAAAGCCAUGGAGGAUCUGACGGAAGGUACGGGAGGGGAAGGCGAGGACUAUGAGGGCUGUGUCUCAAUGCUCUUGAAUGGAUCUACCACCUCUUCUUCGACCAUCCAGAACGAGGCCGAGUUGGGUGACGACGAUGUUUUCACAAAUGCCACCGACAGCUCGUCCAACUCCUCCCACUCCCAGAAGAAGGAGCCCCUGCAGCUGCAGACCCUGGCCCCGCCCAGCUUCUGCGAGCCGCGCCGCCACCACUGCAUCCUGGGCCACUUCUACGACCAGCACCGACCCUCGGACCACUACUUCCUGGAUCAGGUGGGUGGCUGGGGGACGACAGUGGCGAAGUCAGUUCCCAUGUUCCCACGCCACGUCAGCUUCCAGGUGGAGGAGGAGGAGGAGAUCGUGCGCAUCAACCCUCGCGAGCGGACCUGGCUGACUGGGUACGAGGACUACCGGCACGCCACCGCCACGUGCGACAAGCUCAUCCAGCACCCCGAGGACGCCUACGUGCACUUCGCCAAGAGCGAGCCGCCUAAGCACGACUACACCUACCCUUACCCCCUGGGCCUUGAUCCCCACCAGCACGCAAGGGACCCCAAGAUAGGCUGCGUGGACCGACUUGGUGGGGGCGGACUUAUCGGGGGACACAGGGCGGUGGUCACAGCCCAGCCCCGCACCCUCCAGCUCAAGGGCAAGCGGCGGAAGGAGGACGGCGAGCGCUCGCGCUGCGUCUACUGCCGGGACAUGUUCAACCACGAGGAGAACAGGCGCGGGCGGUGCCAGGAGGCGCCGGACCCAAUCCAGACGUGCAUCCACCGGGUCAGCUUCAUGUGGUGCGCGGACAGCCUGCUCUACCACUGCAUGUCAGACCCGGAGGGCGACUACUCGGACCCGUGCUCGUGCGACACCAGCGAUGAGCGCUUCUGCCUGCGCUGGCUGGCUCUGGUUGGGCUGUCGCUGCUGGCCCCCUGCAUGUGCUGCUAUGCCCCCCUGCGCGCCUGCUACCGCUGCGGGGUGGCCUGCCACUGCUGCGGGGGCAAGCACAAAGCUGUGGGCUGAGUGCCAGGAGGGAGAGUAGAACAGAGACCCAUGGAAGGGACUGGACCGGAAGAGUGUGGCCCCGCUAUUCUUUUGUUUUGUGUUUUUGUUUUCGCUGUUGUGUCUCUCGGCCAAAUUCCAGAUGGGAAAACAAUUGGCUUGUCCCGAUUCUUUUCGAUUUGGAAAUUUCUCUCGGUGGAAAGAAAGAAAAAAUGUUUCCUUUUUAAACUUUUUAUAGGGGUACCCUGCCUACGGCUUCCACGUCCUUGCAGUACAAAGACUAAAACAAUGAAUAUUCAUAUAUAAAUAUUAUAUAAACAGGUACUUUAUAUUUUUACACUCAUGUUUUAAAGGCUUGAAUAUUUUUACCAGUGUUUUGUGUGAGGUCAGUGUGAGCGUUGUUUUCUGAGGGGGGGGCUCUCACUUUGUGUUCCCCUCGCAUGGCUCACCACCAAUCACAGAUCAAGCUGGUUCCCGCCUGUAAAGCAGAGGCACUUAAGUCAAGGGUGUGUCCUUAAUGGUACCGUAUUGCUUAUAAAGUGCACUACUUUUGAUCAUAGCCCAAUGGGCCCUUGUCUAAUGUAGUGCAAUAUAUAGGUAAUAGACUGCCACGUGGGAUGCGGCCCCAACUGUGAUCACGUCUGCCCCUCCCAGCCAAUGAAACAAAAGAAAAGGCAAACGUUUAACCAGUGUUUCCUCAUUCUGCACCUUGACUACUCCUGACCUAGCCUGUUCCCAGAUCAAUUAGACCUACUCCUGACCUAGCCUGUUCCCAGAUCAAUUAGACCUACUCCUGACCUAGCCUGUUCCCAGAUCAAUUAGACCUACUCCUGACCUAGCCUGUUCCCAGAUCAAUUAGACCUACUCCUGACCUAGCCUGUUCCCAGAUCAAUUAGACCUACUCCUGACCUAGCCUGUUCCCAGAUCAAUUAGACCUACUCCUGACCUAGCCUGUUCCCAGAUCAAUUAGACCUACUCCUGACCUAGCCUGUUCCCAGAUCAAUUAGACCUACUCCUGACCUAGCCUGUUCCCAGAUCAAUUAGACCUGGGGCCAGGCUACCCCUGACUAUACAGAUUUUUAAAAAACCAAAUUAAACCCAAUAUCAAUGAAUGUCAGUGGAGACACACCUGGAAAAAACCUGAAUGUACCAUUCUACUGCUUGGUCAAAUUAGACUGACUGUAUUGUGGAUUCGACCCAGAACCAAAUCUAAAAUGGGUCAGGGGUACUUGAGUAUUGGAUGGGGAAACUCUGCUUUAGACACUUAAUCUGUAGGGUUGUGUGUGUCUGUGUGACUUCCUAUGUGCAAAAGUCUGGAAAAUGGAAUGGGCAACAAUGUAUCCCUGAUUGCUAUUGUUGUGACUUCAACUAAAAGCCAAAAGGACAAAAUAAGCUGCAGCAUUUAUAUAGAGUAUCUAAAUUGGUCUUUUUUUUUUUUUUUUAUUUCUUUUUUAAAGAUAAUAAUCCUCAAUCAACAGUUUAUUACAGUGGAGGAGAACUCGGUAGGUAACUUUUUAUUCAGUUGAUGUUUGAUGAUAAUCUUUUGAUAUAGUUAUUUAUUUGCCUUGCUAAAUUUAGACACCAGCCUAGGGGGUUAUAAGAGGAAGGGAACAGUCCCAUUUGUAAACUAAACACAGCCAAGAGGGGAAGAGGAGAGAUUUUUUUUGUCACCUUUUGAGAUGGAGGAUGACCUUGUCCCCACACUACAGUGUCAUUGGUGCUCUCUUAUGCGUGUCUUUUUCCUUUUGUCUUUCGAAAGGAUACUCAACGAGGCUAACUGUCAGGGAAUCGCUAUCUAUAGAGUUUUGCUCAACUUUAGCUCGAGAGAAAGACACACCGCUUUGAUCUGGUUGUUCAUCGUCCCCCACAAGGGUAUAAGAUAGUGGGUUCUCCAACAAAGGGACGUGCUGGCACACCCGAUUCGACUAAUCAACUAAUCACCUAAUCGUGUUCUUCAGUCUAUACCACGAUUAGCUGAUACAGGUGCGUUACUGCAGGGCUGGAACGAAAGGCUGCACACCCAGUAGCUCUCCCAAGACCAGAGUUGGAGACAAGUGGAGAAGUGUUGAAUCUAUUCUUCUGUAGUCCAAGAACUCCCUCUCCCUGGUCUUUUACUCAGUAUUACAUUACAGCCAAGGGCAAGGGAGGAGGCUGUCUGUCAGCCAAUCGCAUCAGUCAAGAUGGUGUCAAAAUAUAUACACAAAUCAAAUGGACGCUACAGCAUGAAUAUACAUCGACAUAUGUACGGUUGAAGUCGGAUGUUUACAUUCACUUAUGUUGGAGUCAUUAAAACUAGUUUUUCAACCACUCCACUAAUUUCUUGUUAACAACUAUAGUUUUGGCAAGUCGGUUAGGACAUCUACUUUGUGCAUGACAAGUAAUUUCCCAACAAUUGUUUACAGACAGAUUAUUUCACUUAUUCACUGUAUCACAAUUCCAGUGGGUCAGAAGUUGACUGUGCCUUUAAACGGCUUGGACAAUUCCAGAAAAUUAUGUCAUGGCUUUAGAAGCUUCUGAUAGGCUAAUUGACAUUUGAGUCAAUUGGAGGUGUACCUGUGGAUGUAUUUCAAGGCCUACCUUCAAACUCAGUGCCUCUUUGCUUGACAUCAUUGGAAAAUCAAAAGAAAUCAGCCAAGACCUCAGAAAAAAAAUAUUGUAGACCUCCACAAGUCUGGUUCAUCCUUGGGAGCAAUUUCCAAAUGCCUGAAGGUACCAUAUUCAUCUGUACAAACAAUAGUAUGCAAAUAUAAACACCAUGGGAACAUGCAGCUGUCAUACCGCUCAGGAAGGAGACGCGUUCUGUCUCCUAGAGAUGAACGUGUGAAAAGUGUGAAUCAAUCCCAAAACAACAGCAAAGGACCUGAAGAUGCUGGAGGAAACGGGUACAAAAGUAUCUAUAUCCACAGCAAAACUAGUCCGAUAUCGACAUAACCUGAAAGGCCGCUCAGCAAGGAAGAAGCCACUACUCCAAAACCGCCAUAAAAAUGCCAGACUACAGUUUGCAACUGCACAUGGGGACAAGGAUCGUGCUUUUUGGAGAAAUGUCCUCUGGUCUGAUGAAACAAAAAUAGUACUGUUUGGUUAUAAUGACCAUCAUUAUGUUUGGAGGAAAGGGGGGGAGGCUUGCAAGCCAAAGAACACAACCGUGAAGCACGGGGGUGGCAGCAUCAUGUUGUGGGGGUGUUUUGCUGCAGGACGGACUAGUGCACUUCACAAAAUAGAUGGCAUCAUGCGGGAGGGAAAAUUGUGGAUAUAUCGAAGCAACAUCUCAAGACAUCAGUCAGGAAGUUAAAGCUUGGUCGCAAAUGGGUCUUCCAUAUGGACAAUGACCCCAAGCACACUUCCAAAGUUAUGGCAAAAUGGCUUUAGGUUGGGAAAACUCCUUGUGUCAUGCACAAAGUAGAUGUUCUAACCAGCUUGCCAAAACUAUAGUUUGUUAACAAGAAAUUUGUGGAGUGGUUGAAAAACGAGUUUUAAUGACUCCAACCUUAGUGUAUGUUAACUUCCGACUUCAACUGUAUAUAUGUAUUGAAACAACAAAAACUAGCCUCACAUUUAAAACCACCCUGUAAACUCACCUCGUGGGAGGAACAUUUGAUUUGAUUUUUUUCCCUGUAGGAAGCACAACACUAAUCAGAAAAAACCUUAUGAACAAUAUGCGCAAAUUCCUGUGAAGUACCCGGUCUCGAGUCGUAUCAACGUGGCAGAAAAUACAUCUUAUGCGAUCGAUCGCAAUCAUACAUGAACUAAUCGUCAUAACCAUUCGAGUUCCGAGCCAUGUCUGGAGUUAAAUGGGUGAUGGCAUCAUGGGGUUGCGGGUUCUGUACAAAAGCUGUCGUUGUGUCCGUCUUUCUCUUUACCCUCUCUCUUUCUCUCUCUCUCUCUCUCUCUCUCUCUCUCUCUCUCUGCCUUUCUUUCCUUCCCCUUUUCUGCUGUGUGUCCCUGUUUGUCAGCUUUGCAAUACGGUUGCCAUUCAUUGUAGAGAAGAUCCCAGUUUUAUUUUUCUAUCUGUGGUAAAAGAAAAGUUAACCAAAAGCAGUUUGUCUGUUUUGGUGCAGUGUCUAAUUCCUGCACACAUUUAACUAUUAAAGGAAAGUGCCUGAAGCAUCCUCUUCAUCUAUCUCAUGUAUACUUAGUAAGUUUUUUUUUAUGUUUAAAGAAACAGUUAAAUCGAUUGUUUUCUGUUUUUGUUUUUUUUACAAUCUAAGUUUUUACCUCUGUAAAAAAAAAAAAGCUAAAAUAUAUAUAUAGAUAUAUAUAUAUAUAUCUAUCAAGUGUAUGAUGUACAUUUUAAGUUCUAUUUUUGUAUUGUUUCCAAUAUGAUCAUCACGACUCUUUGCUUUUAAAAAGAAAAAAUGAGAAAAGAGAAAUUAACAUCUGUAUAAAUGCCAAUACAUCAUAUGGAAACUAACAGAA